CCUAGCCGGAAACCAGAGAGCCCCACCCCUGGGUUUCAGGCAGCCGCUCCGGCCCUUCCCCUCCUCCCUUGUUGCAAAAUGGGAUAAUCCCCUCCCUUCCCCUGGGCAGGGGGUGAGUCAGUAGGUGGACAGAUGCGAGCAAAGGGUGGAGGCCCACACUGCCAGGCUCUGCUGUCGAUUUCUAAGGCUUGGCUCAAGGGGGGGGAGGGGGAAGAGCUUUGCCGCCGCCGCAGAAGAGACCCUCCCUCAUCCCUCCCCCCCCCCGCAAAAAAAUCAAUUAAACCGGCGCCGGAGUAAGAAAGGGGAAUAUAUAUAUAUUAUAUAUCCAUUUGACUUCCUGCCAAACGAUGUUCCAGACGUUAUACAAUUACUUCUGGUGGGACCGGCUGUGGUUGCCGUCCAACCUCACCUGGGCCGACGUCAACAGCAAUGGGCGGGUCUCGCCUCAGCCCGCGGACUUGUACAUCACCAUCCCUUUAGCUUUCAUCUUCCUCGUUGUCAGACACUUCUUUGAAAUGUACGUGGCAAUUCCACUAGCUGGUCUUCUGAAUAUCAAGGAGAAAGUCCGGUUAAAAGCGACUCCGAAUCCCGUGCUAGAGAAAUUUUACAUCGCAUCCUGUAAAAGCCCCAAACAGGCCGACAUCGAGGCGCUCUCGAAGAAAAGCGGCUGCACCCCGCGACAGGUAGAGCGCUGGUUCCGGCGGCGUCGCAAUCAGGAUCGACCCAGUUUGCUCAAAAAAUUUCGGGAGUGCAGUUGGAGAUUCACCUUUUACCUUAUUGCUUUCAUUGCUGGCAUGGCUGUUAUAGCAGACAAACCUUGGUUUUAUGACCUCCGGGAAGUUUGGAGCGGCUACCCUGUUCAGGACCUGCUUCCAUCCCAGUACUGGUAUUACAUGUUUGAGCUUUCUUUUUACUUGUCUCUGCUAUUCAGCGUUGCCUCAGAUGUGAAGCGCAAGGACUUCAAGGAGCAAGUCAUUCACCAUGUGACCACCAUUGUCCUGAUAAGCUUCUCCUGGUUCACAAAUUACAUCCGCGCGGGGACCCUCAUCAUGGCCUUGCACGACUCCUCGGACUCUUUCCUGGAGUCAGCAAAAAUGUUCAAUUACGCAGGAUGGAAAAACACAUGCAAUAACAUCUUCAUCGUAUUUGCGAUUGUUUUCAUCAUUACGCGGCUCAUCAUCCUUCCAUUCUGGAUUCUGCAUUGCACGGUCGUCUACCCACUGGAUCUUUACCCGCCUUUCUUUGGCUACUAUUUCUUCAACACCAUGAUGGUCAUCCUGCAAUGUUUGCAAGUAUUUUGGGCAUAUUUCAUCAUCCGAAUGGCCUGGAAAUUCAUAACUGGAAAGGUGUUGGAGGAUGAGCGCAGCGACCGCGACGAGACAGAUAACACAGAGGAGGAGGAGAAGAAUGUUGCCGCCGCCCCCCGGCUUGGAGCCACAAAGAAUGGCCCGCUUACCAACGGGCACCCCGUCUUGAACAAUAACCACCGGAAAGCUGAAUGAUCUGCUUGGUCUCUGAUUUGGUACCCAAGCCCUUCUCCAGUUCCAGUUGGCCUCUCUGCCACAAGAUGAGGUCUUUUUUAUUUUUGAAGCCAAAAAACUACCUUUGAGAACUCCGGAAUUGCAGCAGGAAGUGCAACCACCUUUCACUCCUCCUGGCUCCUUUCUCGGGCGUUUGACCCUUUCUUUUAGAUACCUGUUGAAGCGCUGGCUUCAUCUUGAGAGGGACCCCAGACGUCCCCACCUUGUUACAAUUUUGCUUAGAGGAAACACCCUUUAAAGACCACCUCUUUAGACACAGGCUGCAACAGUUGAAAGUUGUUGAUCUAUUUCUCCCCUCUUUAUGGGUAAAAUGGGGGGGGGGGAUGUCCAUGGCCUUGAUUUUUGCCUCCUAUUUCCUCACCAACCUGCCUUAAAUCCUUCUUGGAAAGCAACCAUGAAACUUGAGGAACUUCCCCCGCCCCCAAUCAUUUAUCGACGUCUAAUAAUUUUCUUGCUGCAGGCAAGGAACCAGCAAGGCCCCCCGCAGCCUUCCAAAGUACACACAUGCAUCACUUAAAAAGAAAAUGUUGGACACUUGUAAUGAAGGACACUUCAGUGGAAGAACGCCGAUGGUCAAGUUGCCAGUCCUCAUCGAGGUCUCCUCCUUCCCCAUGCCAGUGGCCUUUUGCUGAAAGCGUGUCGGGGAAAGCUGGGUUCCUUCCCCUCCCAA